AUGAAGAGCGCCCGCUGCACUUCCUGCACAUGUGCGGAUCCAUCCGCGUUUUGGGGCUGGAAGUGCACGUUCGGAGCGUUUUUCUUCUACCAGGUCACCUGGCUGCGCUUGUCUGGGCCUAUUGCCAAGCUAGCAAGGGCGUGGGAGGGUUGUGAGCAUCAUUGGUCAUCAGCGCUCGCGAAUGAAGAGCGCCCGCAGCACUUCCUGCACAUGUGCGGAUCCUUCCGCGUUUUGAGGAUGGAAGCGCUCGUUUGGAGCGUUUUUCUUCUACCGGGCACGGCCGUCGUCGCGGGCGCCCCGCCCCAUCCUCCCUACUUCCAUCACCCCGCCCCAUCCUCCCGCUUUCCAUCACCCCGCCCCAUUCUCCCGCUUUCCAUCACCCCGCCCCAUUCUCCCGCGUUCCAUCACUCCGCCCCAUUCUCCCGCUUCCAUCACCCCGCCCCAUUCUCCCGCUUUCCAUCACCCCGCCCCAUUCUCCCGCUUUCCAUCACCCCGCCCCAUUCUCCCGCUUUCCAUCACCCCGCCCCAUUCUCCCGCUUUCCAUCACCCCGGCCCAUUCUCCCUCUUUCCAUCACCCCGCCUCAUUCUCCCUCUUUCCAUCACCCCGCCCCAUUCUCCUGCUUUCCAUCACCCCGCCCCAUUCUCCCGCUUUCCAUCACCCCGCCCCAUUCUCCCGCUUUCCAUCACCCCGCCCCAUUCUCCCACUUUCCAUCACCCCGCCCCAUUCUCCCGCUUCCCAUCACCCCGCCCCAUUCUCCCGCUUUCCAUCACCCCGCCCCAUUCUCCUGCUUUCCAUCACCCCGCCCCAUUGUCUCGCUUUCCAUCACCCUGCCCCAUUCUCCCGCUUUCCAUCACCCCGCCCCAUUCUCCCGCUUUCCAUCACCCCGCCCCAUCCUCCCUCCUUCCAUCACCCCGCCCCAUCCUCCCGCAUUCCAUCACCCCGCCCCAUUCUCCCGCAUUCCAUCACCCUGGAAGCGCUCGUUCUGA